UUUUUCAUCUCCCAGCACAUCUCUGCCGGCAAAGAGAAAAAUCUGAAAGAUCUGGAAACUGCAGCAGACUGAUGGCGGCUUGAAGAACAGAGUAUGGCCAUUCCAAGAGAACAACCUGUCUCUUGAAGAAUCAGCCAAGAGUUAAAGGCACCAGGUCUUACUUUUUUUCUGCUGAAACCCCAGAAAGCAUUGGGUCCUGCUCUUUUAGUCCAGACUUCAGCUGCACAUUUCCUUCCAGCUUGGCUUUCUCUGUGAUGGAGUCAAUAUAGACUGUGGAGUCAGUUACGCCUCUUGGAGCCAAUGUGUCUCCCAUCCUCACCUCCUAAGGAAGAUGAGCCACAUCUUUUAUGCAGUGUUACAUUCUCUCCUGGGCUUCUUCAUCCCCUCAGCCAACCUGCUGGUAAUUGUGAUUGUCUACAGACUAAUGAAGAAGCAGCAGGGAAGAAGCUACAUCUUCAUCCUCAACCUGGCUGCUGCAGACCUGCUAGUGGGAGUGAUGUGCAUUGCAGAAGCACUUGAUGAUAUUCUGGAUGGAGACUUUGACAAGAAUUUAUCCUUUUGUCUCUUGCGGACCUGCAUGAGCAUGACACCUUGCAUUGGCUCCAUUCUCACCUUGCUUUUGAUUUCCCUGGAUAGAUACUUGGCAGUGAAGCGCCCCCUUUAUUAUCCUACCCUCUUGAACAAAAAACCUGUGGUCUUCUCUCUCACCAUCCUGUGGGCCGUCUCCAUCUUGUUUGGGUACAUGCCUUUGAUUUCUUCCUCCCUGCAGCAAAGCAACUACACAGGUUACUGUGGGCUCCUGUAUGCAGCCAAGAGUGACUACCUAUAUGUGACCUGCUUUGGGAUCUUCAUCCCUUCCUUGUUGGUCAUGAUCUGCCUGCACAUCUCAAUGGGGAGAAUUGCCUACUCGCAGCACAAGCGAAUCAGGCGCAUCUGCCUGCAAGCAGAACCCUUCACUGCUCACCUCCGCCACUUCAAGGCACUGCGGACAGUACUUAUAAUGAUUGUCAGCUUCACCACCUGCUGGGGACCUUAUUACCUGGCAGGCUUUGUGCAAGCUACUUGUGACUCCUGCAACCUGGCUGACCCGAUUACAGAUGUCUUAUUCCUGCUGGGAGAAAUCAACUCCCUCAUCAACCCCCUCAUCUAUGCUCUGUACUGCAAAGAUAUAAGAAGCCAGCUGCCCAAACUGAUGCAGUUCAAGAAGAAAGGCCAAGUAAAGCCUCUGGCUGUGGUUCACUUUAAUAUCCAAGCCCUUGAUGGUUUAUCCAAUGGAGAGGCUAAAAGACCCAAUUCAUCUGGGGUUCAAGUCCCCAGUACUACUUUCUUCAACAGUUCUAGCCCCUGCAAAAUAGUCUUCUCAGUGUCAUGAUCCAAAGCAGAAGAGAAGCUCUGCAUGAACCACCAGUGAAGUGGAAUGUGAGACUGACAGUUUUCUAGCGUAACAACCAACCAACAACUUGGACCUGGAGCACAUUGACUGGUAUCCAGAUUUACUACUUUCCCUUUUGUCCUUCUCUGUGUAAAAGGUAGCUGAGCUGGCUGGGAAAAAAAAUCAAAACUUUGACACAAAAUGGUGGGGGUAUUGUUUUUUAAAAAUAGCCUGUAACAGUUCUGUUUGGACAAUUAAACUCUGUAAUACUUUACUACCAGUUUUAUAAACCUGAACAUACCCUGAGCUGCUGUGCACUCUUGCUCAGACCUGGGUAAAUCAGGAGUAACUUCUUUUGAAGUUAUGUAUUCAUCAAGGGCAGUUACGCACAGGAUCAUUUCCUGUGUGGGCCAAAGAGACUCUAUUUGCACUUGUUUAGAAACCCAGCGGCAGCAGGUUAUUACUUUAUCUUUACUUUGUUUGGUGGAGUCCUUUCGUAUCUUUCUGUGCCAGCCACAUUCUGUGAAUGAGUGAACCCGUCAUCCUACCCAGCUGCUGUCACCAAGUGAAAGCCAGAUCAGUCAGGCUCUGUAUUUCCUCUGUAUCAAAAUAUAUUGUGCAUUAGCUAAACACCACAAUUCUGCUUUACCAUAUGUAAAUAUAUAUUCCUGAGCUUUUAAAAUAUAGCGGUGGUCAGAAGGCAGUGGCCCAAAGUUGCGGCCACCUAUCAAGUGACUGGCUGAUGGUUUAUGUGACUUCAGCUUGAGCCAAGUAGUGCUCAGUGGAUUGGUGUCCAUAUCACACAGGCCACCAGAAUGAAUACCAUUUGGCAAUCUUUGUUGAUCAUCUCAGCAGUGGGAGCAAGAAUCAGGUGGAUAUGGAGUUUGAACCAUCCGUAUAAGAAAUCCCUUCUAGUUAAGGGUAGGAAUGCACUUGAAGGACAAAAUAGGAAAGCCUGCAGUGUUGCUAGCGGUGUGCAGAGAAUGUGGUUAAGGCACUGGACUGGAACUUAAGGGAGCUGGAUUCAGUUCCUUGCUCUUUCAUUGACAUUUUGUGUACAAGAGACCUUGGUCAAGUCACUUAAUCUCUCUGUGCCUCAUUCCCCAGCUGUAAAAUGGGGAUAUUAAUGCUUCCCUUCUGCAUGCUGCUGAUAGGGGAGUGAAGAUAAGUCCACAAAAUCCUUGUGUGGAUUCAGCCACUACAGUGAGGAGGGAACAAAACAAACAAGACCUCUAGCCCCGGCCAACUUUUCUCUUUUUAACACAAGGUGAGUGUAAUUCCUACUCAAUACAGCACACUUAUGUGCGCCUCUCUACUAAUACUGAUGUUAACUAGUCACAACCUUAAACAUACACUGUAUUGUUUGCACACCUCCUUCUAGUUGUGACUUAGCAUUAAAUAUACUAUUCUAAUAUAGGUGACACACACACUGGAAUUUUACAUUUCUGAAAAUGAACAGAUUAAAAACAUUAUUUUUAUAGUUUGGGGGCAGUUGUUCUUUUUUUAAAUACAGAUCAAAUGGUUCUACUCUCAACCACUAUUAGAAAUGAGCCAAGGCAGCAUCUCUGACUCAUGCCCCAAUAGUGCAUGCUUUGACUCAGUUAACAUAAAUCAGUGCAUCCCGAAGGGCACCAUUUCGUAACCACUUACCACUCGGUAUAAUGCAUGAAUAAUCCCACUUAUACUAAUGGGACUACUAAAGGUAGAAAGCACUGUCUUUGGUGGACGGUGGGUUACUGGCCUCCUGGAUAGGUGUUGAAGUAAGAGAAGGAAAAAAGCUACUUUUUUUGAAUGUGUAUCAACA